AUGAUCGAGCUGGAGGAGCAUUAUGUGGCUCAAGGUUUAAGUAUUCUUGGAUACUUUCAUGCAAACGAGAGGUUUGAUGAUGUUGAGCUCUGUGGUGUGGCUAAAAACAUUGGUGAUCUCAUUUCUCGUUAUUUUCCUCAGGCACCAAUUCUCUUGGUAAUUAAAUGUCUUAUCCUUUACUUUCAAAGCUUUACUGUUAUUCAUUGUGAUAAAUGCUUCUUGGUUGAUAUAAAUAGAAGUGUCAUAGUUAUAUAAACGUCAAAUGCUUUUGUAGGUAAACGUCAAAUGCUAGUUCUUAUAGCAUUUAAAACUGUA